CCCUACCGCUGUACCGAGUGCGGGAAGACCUUCGGGCAGAGCUCCAACCUGAUUGAGCACCAGCGGACCCACACGGGCGAGCGACCCUUCACCUGCGGCCAGUGCGAGAAGAGCUUCAGCCGCAGCUCCACCUUGGCCGAGCACCUCCGGACCCACACCGGCGAGAAGCCCUACGCCUGCCCGGUCUGCGCCCGCGCCUUCAGCCGCAGCUCCACCUUGACCGAGCACCGCCGCACCCACACCGGCGAGACGCCCUACGCCUGCCCCGAGUGCGGGAAGACCUUCGGACGCACCUCCAACCUGGUCAAGCACCUCCGGACCCACACCGGGGAGAAACCCUACGGCUGCGGGCGCUGCGGGAAGACCUUCAGCCUCAGCUCCAACCUGGUCAAGCACGAGAGGACCCACACGGGGGAGAAGCCCUUCUCCUGCGGGCAAUGCGGGAAGCGCUUCAAGAAGAAGACCCACUUGGCGUCCCACCAACGGACCCACACCGGCGAGCGGCCCUACCGGUGCGGGGAGUGCGGAAAGGCCUUCGGGCAGAGCUCCACCCUCAUCGAGCACCAGAGGACCCACACGGGCGAGCGACCCUUCCGCUGCGGCGCCUGCGGCAAGAGCUUCUGCGUCAGCUCCAACCUGGUCAAGCACCAGCGCAUCCACACCGGCGAGAAG